CGCAUCAAAGAAACACCUGGCUCUUAUCCGAUGUUCCUCAAGCCUUGCGCAGAGAAUCAAUCUCAGUAUGGGCUUACUGCAAAGAUCGUGUCAAGCGUGCGUCAAGGCCCGAAGGCGUUGCAAUCUCGCGAGUCCCUGCUGCGAGAGAUGCUCCACCAAGCGUAUUCCCUGUCGGUACGCCAAUGAGCCAGCCCCUGCACCUGUCGCUAUUCACGAAAAGACACUCAAAAGUAUUGUUAAAUCUCGAAAGCUCAACGAGGAACAGAAUCCCCAAAGUUUGUCGCGUUUAUUGGUCCAUGGUAUCUUGGAUACAAGGCUUCAGAUCUUCAUUCGACAAGUACUUUCUAAUGAUUCCUAUGAUGGCUCUCGACCUCCAGACCUGUCAAGAUUGAACAAUUUCAGAGUCAUGAGCAGGCCGAUGAACAACGGUCUCCAAAUCUUUAAUCCCCUUCAUCUGGAAAUUGUUCGCGUGUUUGAUCAGGCGACACUCCAUCAUCUGUCUGAUAUUCUUCGGGGUUUCCCAAGCCAGUUCGUGGAUCAUGGCAAGACCGCCUUUAUUCACUCUGCUCUAUAUGACCCCUCACUGCCACCACCACUCAAAGAAGUUCGCGAUGCUUGCUAUAGCUAUCACGUCGCCGGCGAUUAUCUCGCCAGCAGCCGCCUCAGUGCCCUCUGCCUCACAAUCAGACGUCUCAUUCGUCUAUCAAAACGCACGAGCACAUUCGCGGACACACUGGCAUACGCACAAGCGAUAAGCCUGGCCCAAAUAAUCCGUCUUCUAGAGUGUCACGACACAAACGAAGAUGACAUCGAACGUGACAAUGAAGAAAUGUGGGCAUUGACUCAUCAGCUAUGGCAGCAUGCGCCGACUCAACUACCAAGCUCACUGAGUCCCUGGAAAGCAUGGCUAUUCUCCGAGAAUGUGAGACGGACUAUAAUGAUUUGCAAUAUCCUGUUAGCGGUGUAUAGUUCGCUGAAGAGGGGAUAUACGAUGCAUGCGCUUUGUGUUGAGGCUUUGCCUUUUGAUGUGCGGACAAAGCUUUGGGAUGCGGAUAGUGAGAGUGCUUGGGAGACUGCUGCGUUGAAAGUACCGGGGCCUCAUUUAGUGACGCUGAGCCAGUUCUCGGAUCUUCAGCGGCCGGACGUUGGUGGUUCACGGUUUGAAGAUCUUCUUCUGCUCUCUUUCAGGAGAUGAAGGAUAAUGCCGAAACAUAUCUACGUUGCGAGGAGAGUUUGGAAGUUGGUCAGGCAUUAGCAUCAUGGAGGCUUCGUAGUACACAUUAAGCCUUUAAGAUAAACAAGGUUCAUUUUGC